UUGGAAGUAUAUAUACAUUUAUAUAUAUAUAUAUAUAUGUACAGCUCCUUGCUAAAAAUUGAAUACAACAUUAAUUAGAAUAUAUUGCAAUGUCAUUAAAGAUGUUUCGUGGGCACAUCAAUUAUUUUGAAGUCUUAUAUAUGCUCGAUGACUCUUAAGAUCAAUCUCGCCUCUCCUACGUUUAAUGACAAAUCAGAAACACUUUCUUUUGGUGCCUCAAACCAACUUCCUUAACGCUCUCAAGUGGAAUUAGACGAAAAAUGCCUUUUCAUGUAUGACUUGAAAUUUAAAGGAGAAAAAAAAUGGCUGAAAAAAAAUUAGCUGAGCAGCUAAAUAAUAUAUGACAAUUAUUUAAACAGCUGCGACUUGGCCGCAGAAUAAUGAAUGAAAACUGUUCAGAAAAAAAGCAACAGUUGUCUAAACAGCACCCAUAACUAAAAAUAAACACAAUCCACCAAAGAGGCUAUGGCUACACUGGCGUCCUCGUAAAGUGAGCAUGCCUCUAUAUAUGUUUCAGCAGCGUCUGCGCUCUUUGGACUGGCACACGUGGUGGCUUCUAUUUGUGGUGUUUAUUGUGGAUUGUAUCUUUGGCGCGCUUUUCUGCCCAUUGUGGAUGCUUUUGGGGCUAGGCGCACUCGGGCGCCGGCUGCCUCAGUUAGUCCUGCAAACGGAUUCGUCCAAAACGGUCGCUGGUCGCCCAUCGAGCGCCAAGUUCAACUGAAAAAGUAAUUUUGAAAAAUUCAGAAAAUAAAAAAAAAAACAGAAGAAAUUGGAAAUCGUUUUGUUUAGCGUGUGCCAAAUAAAAAUAAAUAUUUGGGUCGACUUUCGCUGUUAAGUGUGCCAAGUUUGUUUACGUCUGCUAAUGUGGACAAGUGUUUAAAAUAGAUAAAAUAAAUUGAGAAUAAAAGAACUAAGCUGAUCGGUUGAUUUAUUUACGCCCGCAUCAUUCGCAGCCAGCUGUUCGGGUUAUUUGUGAGUGAACCAGUGACAACAACUGUCGACAGUCACAAAGUAAAGCCACAAACAGCAACAACCACAACAACAACAGCAAUAACAAUAUUGACAACAAAUGUGGUCCAAGCUGAAACAAAAUGUGCAAAAUAAAACACGCAACUGUGGCAGCAACACGACUAACAACAACGACAACAACAACGACUUUGCUAAAAACCUAAAUGCCAUAAACUGAAUACCCCUUGGCAAACAGCAAAAAUAAAUAAAUAAAAUAAGAGUGCAAAAGCGUGAACAACAGCAAAAAGUUGCCUAAAAAGGAAACGGAAGUCGCCUCAACAAGCGAGCACAUAAAAGGGAAACACACAGACAGGAACUCGGUGCUGAGACAGGACACUAGAGGAUUCUGUGUGUCGCAUCCUUAAACAUGUACGCGGCGCUAAUGGACAUGAGCCAGACACUGGCGGCAAGUUUGGCCUAUGCGCCAAUGGAAUCAAAUUCUGCUGCUGCUGCUGCUGCUGCGGCUGCUGCUGCUGCUCUUGGGAUGAAUGUUAGCCAGCUCAGCAAUUCGAGUCAGCUGGAUGGAUCGACGGGAGCAACGGCAGCGACAUCAAUUCCACAUAAUGUCAGCGCCGAGGAGUAUCCGCAGUAUGUGAAAGUCUUGGAUCGCCCCGAGACAUAUAUUGUGACCGUGCUAUAUACGCUCAUCUUUAUUGUGGGCGUGCUUGGCAAUGGCACUUUGGUUAUCAUAUUCUUUCGGCAUCGCUCCAUGCGCAACAUACCCAACACUUAUAUACUCUCGCUGGCGCUGGCUGAUUUGUUGGUCAUCUUGGUGUGUGUGCCAGUGGCAACAAUUGUUUACACUCAGGAGAGUUGGCCCUUUGAGCGUAAUAUGUGUCGCAUAUCCGAAUUCUUCAAGGACAUUUCCAUCGGUGUCUCCGUCUUCACAUUGACCGCACUUUCCGGCGAACGUUAUUGCGCCAUUGUGAAUCCGCUGCGCAAAUUGCAGACAAAGCCGCUGACUGUGUUUACGGCGGUGAUUAUCUGGGUGUUGGCUAUAAUGCUGGGCAUGCCGUCGUUUGUUGUAUCCGAUCUGCAAGGCUAUACGCUGCCCACGAACAAGGGCAAUAUAACCAUUGAAGUGUGCUCUCCAUUUCGCUCCAAGAUUUAUGCAAAAUAUAUGGUGGUUGCCAAGGCAUCGAUAUAUUAUUUUGUGCCGCUCUCCAUCAUUGGCGUCCUAUACAUAAUGAUGGCCAAGCGUCUGCAUAUCAGUGCCCGGGACAUGCCCGGCGAGCAGCUGAGCAUUCAGAGUCGCAGUCAGGCCCGGGCUCGUCGUCAUGUGGCACGCAUGGUCGUCGCCUUUGUAGUGGUGUUCUUUAUUUGCUUCUUUCCAUAUCAUGUAUUCGAGCUGUGGUACCAUUUCUAUCCCACCGCCGAGGAUGAUUUCGAUGACUUCUGGCACGUGGUUCGCAUCGUAGGAUUUUGCACAAGCUUCCUCAAUUCAUGUGUUAAUCCGGUGGCGCUAUAUUGUGUGUCCGGCGUAUUUCGGCAGCAUUUCAACCGUUAUCUGUGCUGCUUUUGCGUCAAGCGGCAGCCACACCUCCGGCAACACUCGACCGCAACUGGCGUCAUGGAUACUAGCGUCACCUCGAUGCGUCGCUCCACCUAUGUGGGUGGCGGUGGUGGAGUAGGUGGUGCUACUGGCAGCCUGGCCGCCCAUCGUGCCUCGCUGCACAUGAACAAUAAUCACGGCAGUGGAGCGGGAGGGCCUGGCGGACGAACAGGCAGUUUCCAUCGCCAGGACUCGAUGCCGUUGCAGCAUGCGGGCAGCGGCAAUGGUCACGCCCACAAUGUGGGCGGCAUCGGACGCGCCUCAAUCAUCAAUGAGAAAAGUUUGAUCAAACGCUACGAGGAGCGUGCACGCUACUAAUAUCAAUAUGAAUAUGAUGCAUUUUUUAUACCCUACCCUACUAAAUGGAAAAGUUCCUAAAAAUGGGAUAGCCAUAC